AUGGGUAUCAAAGGUCUUACUGCUCUUAUUUCUCAGCAUGCGCCAAAGGCGAUUGCAGAACAUGACAUCAAGACACUCUUUGGGCGUAAAGUUGCCAUCGACGCGUCGAUGUCGAUAUACCAGUUCCUCAUUGCUGUCCGGCAGAAGGACGGAGAGCUCUUGACAAACGAGUCUGGGGAGACGACAAGUCAUUUAAUGGGAUUUUUCUAUCGCACAAUUCGAAUUGUGGAAAAUGGGAUUAAACCUGCGUACGUCUUCGAUGGCAAGCCACCAGACUUGAAGUCCGGAGUCCUCGCAAAACGGUUUGAGAGGAGAGAAGAGGCUAAGGAGGAAGGUGAAGAGGCAAAAGAGACCGGAACGGCAGAAGAUAUGGAACGCUUCACCAGAAGACAAGUCAAAGUGACGAAAGAGCACAACGAGGAAUGUCGGAAGUUGUUAGGUCUUAUGGGGAUACCCGUUGUAGUUGCGCCGUCAGAAGCAGAAGCGCAAUGUGCAGAACUAGCACGGGGAGGAAAGGUAUACGCUGCAGGCUCUGAAGACAUGGACACCUUAACUUUUAAUGCACCCAUCCUCUAUCGACAUCUAACUUUCUCCGAGGCCAAGAAGCAACCUAUUAGCGAGAUCAAUCUUCAGAAGGCUCUCGAAGGAUUAGAGAUGAAUAUGUCACAGUUUAUCGACCUUUGUAUUCUCCUUGGUUGUGAUUAUCUAGAGCCGAUAAAAGGUAUUGGUCCCAAGUCAGCACUUAAACUUGUUCGUGACUAUGGUGACCUUGGUGCUGUCAUCGAACACUUGCGAGAAAAAACGGCUGCAAAAGAGGAGGCAGCGGAAGAGGGAAAGAAGAAAAAGGGUGGUAUUCAAGUACCCGAUGAAUGGCCUUGGGAAGAAGCGAAGAAAGUAUUUGAGCAACCUGAUGUAAUACCGGCAGAGAAAGUCGAUCUCGAAUGGAAAGCACCUGACGUGGACGGGCUAGUACAGUUCCUCGUCACUGAAAAGGGCUUCAACGAGGAACGUGUACGAAAAGGAGCAGAAAAGCUUGCGAAGUACUUGAAUGCGAAACAACAAGGACGGCUAGACGGAUUCUUCACCGUGUCACAGAAGCCUCCACCAGGAAAGGGUGACAAGAGCAAGGAAAAAGUGGCAGGUAAAGGGAAGGGUGGGAAGCGAAAGGCAGAUGAGAAGGAUGGUCCCUCAGGGAAGAAAAAGAAGACGUAG